ACAAAAAAUGGACCAUCCACAUGCAUUUGUAAUUGCCUUCUAGAUUAAGCCAAUACACCAUACAUAAAAGAGACACCUCAUAAUCAACAACCCUUAAAUUCCUUUCUCUUCCAAUUUCCAUGCAUUCUCAAGAAGUGUAACAAACUCUCUCUCAUUUCUCAAAAGACUUUCCUUUCCUUUUCCUUUCAUUUCUCACUUGAUUUAUUCUACUACAAAGUCACCAUACCUAACGUAAUAUUCUUGUCACAUACACUCAUAAAAAUCCAUUUUUUCUUCUAAGAAGAAAGAAGAAAUUCACACUUCUAUCAAGAUCUCAUAAGAUAUUAGUAAGAAGCUUCUGAAAAUGUCUCGGGUCGUGGUUUUUCUCUUAUUUUUGAUAGCUAUACCAAUAACCAAUGGAUUAAAUCCAAGAAAACUUGAUGAGGUAGAUGAAAACAAGUGUGGAGGUUGUCCUUGUAACAAGCCUUGUGUUUCACCUUCUCCGCCACCAUCUCCACCAGCUCUACCACCACCAUCACCACCACCGCCAAAGAAACCACCGAGUGCCUACUGCCCUCCUCCUCCUUCCGGUGGCGGCGGAAGUGGCGGCGGCGGUGGUGGUUAUGUUCCCGAUACACCAAAUUCACAAUAUAUAUACAUGACUGGUCCACCAGGGAAUUUAUACCCUGUUGACCAUGAUUUUGGUGGUGCAAAAAGGAGCUUUUCUAGUGGAUUUUCACUUUUGAUCGUUGGAUUCUUCUUGGGAUUGCUUUCCUUUUGGUGAAAUUCAGAGUUUGAUGAAAAUCGAAUCAAAUUCUACGAGUAAAAGAAGAAGAAGAAGAAGAAGAAAGAAUAAGAAGAAGAGGAGAAACAGCAGAUUUCACAGACCAAAAGUUUAGUGGCUAAGAAUAUUCUAAUUCUAUUAUAAUAGGUUGGUCCUUAGCUGUUAUCUUGAUAUUCAUGUGUUUCAUAUAGUCCCAAUAACCUUAUAAAUUUUCUUCCACUUUUUUUUGUAAACUUAAUUGUCAAUCCUUUUCAAGAGACAUAUUAUCGUCUGCUCAUAUUUAUCUUCUAUUUUUCCCCUUUAUCCUCUCGUGUACCUUGUUUUGUUUUGUGUGAAUAUCAUAUCCUUAUGGGAGAAUUAAAUAAAAUAAAGAAAAAAGAGUUAUGGGUUUC